AUGACGGGUUUCGGUUUUGCCAUCGACCGUGGUGGCACAUUCACUGACGUUUGCGUUUUCAAACCUGAUGGCACCACUCGAGUACUCAAGGUGCUCUCAGAAGAUCCAGCAAACUAUGCUGACGCUCCUACAGAAGCCAUACGACAAGUUUUGGAGCAGGAGACCGGUGGUCUCCAUCCCUCGAGGAGGUCCAGUUCCAGCUGGUGGGUAAAGAAUGAUGCUACUAUUUCUUGGAUUCGCAUGGGUACGACCGUUGCCACGAAUGCGUUGCUUGAGCGAAAAGGAGAACGGAUAGCGUUAUUAAUCACCAAAGGAUUCAGAGAUCUCCUCUAUAUAGGCAAUCAGACGCGUCCAAAAAUCUUCGACUUCGAUAUACAAAUUCCAGGGGUUCUGUAUGAGGAAGUAGUUGAGGUGGAUGAGCGCGUCAUCCCAUAUGAUGACAGUUGCCAGCUAGGUGAAAUUGGAUGCGUGCAAGAGACGUUCUUUGGGAGAAAGGUGAUCGUGGAAAAAGAACCUAAUGACGUCGAAGUCAGGGAGAUUCUGAAGGCUAUCAAGUCGAAAGGAAUAAAGAGUGUUGCGGUGGCGUUCCUUCACUCAUUCAUUUAUCCUGCUCAUGAAUUGAAAGUGAAGAAAAUUGCUCAUGAGAUGGGUAUCAAGAGCGUUUCUCCUAUCACAUGA